AUGACAAGACUUUUGAGUUUUGAAAUUGUUCAAGUAGUUUUGAAACUUAAAACUGCAAUUCACAGAAAAGCAAUUACUUUUAAUGAUUCAAAUCUAGGUAAUUUUCUGAGAGCUUUGUGGAAUACCCAACAGCUAACUUUAACGCUUUUGACGGAACUGAGAACCGAAAGCUGUCGAAUAUUUCAUAAAAAUAUUUUACAACCGUGA